UUUCGGAUGUGGCUAACGACGUGCUACUCGUGAGCUUUCCAUUAAUAGCGCCGUCAGCAGCAGAGCUUCGCAGAACAUUCGAGAGGUUCCCCAAACCCCCCGAGGACGUUUCGGUUCGCCUCUCUCCGUCUUCGAGCCUGGCACCUGCACCGUGUGGCCGCUUCAGGGUGUUGAUCUCCCCCCUUCGGAACCUGCUGCAGUCCUCACACCGCCAUCCAGCCUCCGACCACCGUUCACUGCGGCUCCGGGACGAUCUGCGUUGUGUUUAUGUCUUUGUUUUGCGAAAACGAGCUGUUGCGCAGCCGUUGGAACCUGUGUGGUGGAAAUCUAGCCUUCAAGCAAGGAGCUUGCGGCCACAGCGGCACAACGUUUUUCAUGUCAGAGACCGAGCACGCUUGCAGUCGUUUAUGUCAUCCCCUCUUUUCCAGACAGAAGAUCCCGAAAAAUCCCCAACCAAGAUCCUUUUAUCUUACUGAUAGUGCUAACAUCCAGCCAAAAUGUCUGUCAACGUCAACCGCAGCGUGUCAGACCAGUUCUACCGCUACAAGAUGCCCCGUCUGAUCGCCAAGGUGGAAGGCAAAGGGAAUGGAAUCAAGACGGUCAUUGUCAACAUGGUUGACGUUGCAAAGGCUCUGAACAGGCCUCCAACAUACCCGACCAAGUUUUUUGGUUGUGAACUCGGCGCUCAGACCCAGUUUGAUACCAAAAACGAUCGUUACAUCGUCAACGGAUCCCACGAGGCGAACAAGCUGCAGGACAUGCUCGAUGGAUUCAUCAGAAAAUUUGUGCUGUGUACCGAGUGCGACAACCCUGAAACUGAUCUGCAUGUCAAUCCCAAGAAGCAAACCAUCGGCACUUCCUGUAAGGCCUGUGGGAACCGCGGCAUGCUCGACACCAGACACAAACUCUGCACGUUCAUCCUCAAAAACCCACCAGAGAGCAAUGAGAGUGGAUCCGCAACCGCCAAGAAGGAGAAGGAGAAGAAGAACCGCAAGAAGGACAAGGAGAACGGCUCCAGCAGCGGCGAGGCCGGGAACCACGACAACUUCGACGCUCCUCAGGCCGUGGACGGAGACGACGACGACGAGGACUGGGCGGAGGAGACCACGGAGGAGGCGCAGCGGCGGCGCAUGGAGGAGAUCAGCGACCACGCCAAGAACCUGACGCUGAGCGAGGACCUGGAGAAGCCGCUGGAGGAGCGGGUCAACCUGUUCUACAGCUUCGUCAAGCAUAAGAAGGAGAGCGGGACCAUCGACGCCGCCGACAAGGAGAUCCUGGCGGAGGCGGAGCGUCUGGACGUGAAGGCCAUGGGCCCGCUCAUCCUCAGCGAGCUGCUCUUCAACGAGAACAUCCGCGACCAGAUCAAGAAGUACAAACGCCACUUCCUGCGAUUCUGCCACAACAACAAGAAGGCCCAGAAGUACCUGCUGGGCGGCUUCGAGUGCGUGGUGAAGCUGCACCAGGACCAGCUGCUGUCCCGAGUCCCCAUCAUCCUCAAAGACCUGUACGACGCCGACCUGCUGGAGGAGGACGUCAUAUUCGCCUGGGCCGAGAAGGUUUCUAAGAAGUACGUCUCGAAGGAACUUGCCAAAGAGAUCCACGCCAAGGCCGCCCCCUUCGUCAAAUGGCUGAAGGAGGCAGAGGAGGAGAGCGAGGGCAGCGAGGAGGAGGAGGAGGAAGACGACGAGAACGUGGAGGUGGUGUACUCGUCCUCCGCCCGCGAGCUCAAAGUGGAGACUGUGAAACCCGAAACCCCCGAGAAAGAGGAGGACGACAUCGACAUCGACGCCAUCUGAGCCCCCGCCAUCCCGACGAGGAGGAGGAUGAUGCUUGUUCUCGUGUUGUGGCUUUGACUCACGAUGCCCCCUGUCCCUCCUGAAUGCCCCCCUCCCCCUCAGACCCCGCCCCCUUGCUUCGUGGCAUGACUUAACAUAGCGCUUACUGGCUGCACAUUAACCGAUUUGAGGCGUGUUGAGAUGAAGUGGCUCUGGGGAUUUUAAUCAUGGGUGUUUGGGAUCAUUUUGACUGCACAUUACUUUUCUUUUCUUUUUUUGGUUCCUGUAUUUUUCCAGUCAAUAAAGAAUGAAUGUUUUGCUAUCCACCACAC